CAUGAGUUUUCCGUCCAUUUCAGUUGAGCGUUCUUUUUUACCGGGACAACAUGGCUACUGCAGCGAGCCGUUACUACAGCGAAGACGGCAGGGCAACAAAACGACAGAAAAUCGACGGAAUGGCGGGAUACGAAGACCCACACAAGACCCUCCCCUCGGUGGUGGUCCAUGUCCGGGGGCUGAUGGACGGAGUGACCGAGGCCGACCUUGUGGAGGCCUUGCAGGAGUUUGGAGCCAUCAGUUACGUGGUGGUGAUGCCCAACAAGCGGCAGGCGCUGGUGGAGUACGAGGACAUGAACGGCUCGUCCACAGCGGUCACCUACGCUGCAGACAACCAGGUGUACAUCGCCGGACACCCCGCCUUCAUCAACUACUCCACCAGCAAGAAGAUUUCCAGGCCGGGCGACUCGGACGACUCCAGGAGCGUCAACAACGUUCUCCUCUUCACCAUCAUGAACCCCAUCUACCCCAUCACCACGGAUGUCCUCUACACCAUCUGCAACAACUGUGGACCUGUGCAGAGAAUCGUCAUCUUCCGGAAGAACGGCGUCCAGGCCAUGGUUGAAUUCGACUCUGUGCAGAGCGCACAGCGGGCCAAGGCGUCGCUCAACGGCGCAGACAUUUACUCCGGCUGCUGUACUCUGAAGAUCGAGUACGCUAAGCCGACCCGCCUGAAUGUGUUCAAGAAUGACCAGGACACCUGGGACUACACCAACCCCAAUCUGGGGGGUCCAGAAGACGUCAACGCCAACCCCAACAAGCGCCAGAGGCAGCCCGCUCUGCUCGGGGACCAUCCUCCAGAAUACGGUGAGCUGCUCCCCUCCGCCAGUAGGAACCCGCCACCCCCUAAUUUAACCGUCUUUAACUCUCUUCCUCUUCCUGUAGGAGGCGGUUACCACGGCUACGAGGAGAGCUACGGGUCCCCUCCCUACGAGGGCCGCCGUAUGGGUCCCCCCAUGAGGGGCCGAGGAGGCAGAAGCUACGGGCCGUCGUACGGGCCUCCUCCCCCGCCUCCCGGCGAGUACGGCGCCCACGCCGACUCGCCGGUGGUCAUGGCGUACGGGCUGGACACGGCUAAGAUGAACGCCGACCGGGUCUUCAACAUCUUCUGCCUGUAUGGGAACAUAGAGCGGGUGAAGUUCAUGAAGAGCAAGCCCGGCGCCGCCAUGGUGGAGAUGGGAGACUGCUACGCCGUGGACCGGGCCAUCACACACCUCAACAACAACUUCCUGUUUGGCCAGAAGCUCAACGUGUGCGUGUCCAAGCAGCAGGCCAUCGUUCCGGGUCAGUGCUACGAGUUGGAGGACGGCAGCAGCAGCUUCAAGGACUUCCACGGCUCACGCAACAACCGCUUCGCCUCGCCGGAGCAGGCGGCCAAGAACCGCAUCCAGCACCCGAGCAACGUGUUGCACUUCUUCAACGCCCAGCCAGACGUCACCCCGGAGAUCUUCUCUCAGAUUUGUGAAGAGCUCGGGGUUAAGAGUCCAGUCAACGUCAAACUGUUCACAGGAAAAAAUGGCGCCGCUCCCAGUGACCGCAGCGCCUCCGGUCUCUUGGAAUGGGAGUCGAUCAACGACGCCAUGGAGGCGCUGGCUCUGAUGAACCACUACCAAAUGAAAAACCCAGGUGGUCCGUACCCGUACACGCUAAAGCUGUGCUUCUCCACCGUCCAGCACGCCAACUGAGAGCAGGUCCGGGUCCAGAGGAUGGAGGUCGUUCCCCUGAAGUCCAGGAACGGCGUGCUCACACCGAGUCCCAGCGGCUGCUCGUCACGCUCCUCAAUCAAACCCGAUCCGUAUUUGGAACGAAGCCGCUGGUGCGACGAGCGUUUAAAUUUCACAUUUGUGGCCCAGAUGUGGUUCAGAGCGUCGGUUUCUGUGUCCACACCAUUAAGUUGUCCGUUUGACAUUUUGUAUUAUGACGUGGUCACCUGAUGUGAGAACUGGUUUUAUGGUCAGACGGCUGGAGAUGCCUUUAUAAACUUUUAUUAUAUCGUUAGUUUUUUUUUUUUUCUUUAAUUACUGACUGUUUUAGUUCUGUGUGUUCAAACAUGAUGUGCAGUUGGAGAAAUGUUUUGUUCUAAGAAAAUAAAGGAAAACCCUCUGAA